UUAGUUAACUGAUGAAAUUUGCAAUACUGAAAUAGGUAUGUGGGUUUACCGGUGUUUGCAAUUAAAUGACGUGGCCUUGAUACUUUUUGAAAGGAUAUAUAAGCUUAUUUGAUUAUUCUUACGAUUUUAUGUGUACACAAUCCUAAAAUUUAGAUUCAUUCUUCUUCUCUUCCUGCUGACUGCUGUCCUGCUUCUAUUUUAUUGUUUUAGUCUUGGGGGCUACACUACACUCUCACACCCCUACAGUACAGUGUACAGGUAGGCCUACCGUAUCUUUAUAUUCAAAUAAUAAAUUACCAUUAUAUUUUAAGUGAUUUAUUUAUAUUCCUAAUCAGUCAGAUGAAUCUAAUGACCUAGUUAGCAAUGUGUAAGUGUAGGGUUACCAUACGUGCUCAGUGCUCAGAUUCGGAUGAAAAUCUUAAUAUCAAAAUCAUUUUACAUUAGCUUUAACUUAAAUAAGUGACAACUACACUAAAACUACAGGACUACUGUCCUUUGACGUCAUAAAUUUUGAUUUGAAACGCCAAUUUACUUUCGGCUGCUUAAACUAGGUACUUUGGCACAAAAUUUAAAUAUUGUCAGAUUGCCAUGAAUGAUACAUCAUUUUAAAGGGCUAGCUAUAAGCUUUACAACAACAUCAAUUUCAUCUUUCUAUCUUUUAUAGAAAUUGAGUUGUGAUUUUUUUAAAACCCCUUCUUUAUCUUAGUCUUAGUAUUUAACUGAAAAAACGUGUGACCCACUUUACAAAUUUCUGCCUUAUUUUGCUCAAAACUUUUUGAUUUUAAAAGAUUAAUGCUACCAAAUUUUCAGGAGACAUUCUCAAUGCAAUUCAAUAUACAACACAAUAAACAACAAAACUUUUGUAUAACAUCAAGACUUUUAUUUUUUAUAUAUUUAUUUUAGGAUAUGUUCAGAAAAAAGUGAACAGAAAAAUUGGGAAAAUCAUUAUUUAAUCAGGAAAAAACGAAAAAAAUAGCAUGUUUAUUGAAUUUUAACUAAUUUUAUUAUGCUUGUGUUAAAUUUUUAAUCAAUUGUUAUAUUUAUUAAAAGGUAAGUAAGUCUUUUUUUAUGUAUAAAAUUUAACACAUGCAAUUAUAAAUAAAAAUUACUCAAUAAAAUCAUCCAUGAUGAUGAGACUCAAUUAAAAAAAGUUAUUUGAAUUUGAUUUAUUAAAUAAUUGUCUAUGUACUGCUUUUCUAUGUCCUAAUAAAAACCUAAUUACUACGAUGAUGUUGUUUGAGUCUUGUUUAUUAUUUUGAUGUAUUUUAUAAAACUUUUAUACUUAAACACAGAUUCUCCACUUUUCAAAUACAGUGUUGCAAAAAAUUAUGAUUAUGAUUUUAUUUUUAAUAAUUUAUUAUAUUUAGUAUUAAUUAAGUAUUAUGAAACAAACCUGCGCAUAUAAAAAAUGACGCAAAAACUGUUGUGGCCAUUUUACAUACCGCCCAGGGAUGACUACGUUUUUUUUUUUUGCACUUUACGUCAAAGUUUUCUAAUAAUAAAUUGUUUUGGUACCAGUAGAAGUAGAGUGCAUAUUUUUCCAAACACAGCGAUAGCAUGGUGUAUUUUGUGACUGGGAACAUAUUUAUACUUAUGUAUUGGUAUGUACUUAAUAGCUUAUUAUUUUGUAAUGCAAACUUGACUUGGCAUUGCAUAGCGCUUUAGCACUAUUGCUUUAUUUAUUCACAAACAGGAAUAACCGUAUUUUGUUAAUGAUAGUAAUUUCCCAAAAAAGUUAUGCAUUUUACAGUGAAAAUGAAAAUGUCAGUUUUCACUAGUUAUCCGCCCUCACAAAAAAAAAUUGGGUUGGGGGAAUUAACUCUUCUUAUCAACUUAAUAUAAAGAAAUAAAAAUAUGUUCAUUAUUAUUCAUCUUUAAAAGCCUUAGAACAAUAAUUGGUAAAUGAAUGAGGAACAAUUUUACAAUAUUAUUUAUAAAUUAAUGAAGCCAAAUAAAUUAAAGAGUUUUUAUUAAUUUUACUUUGUGUUGUUGGGUGAAUUUCAGACUAGUUUUGUCCUUUGAUUUACAUAAAUAGUUAUAUAAUAAUAUGUAUCUUAAGUAUCAAUUUACGUUAAUAAAUUUUGAGUGGGAUAUCUACUCAUUUUAUCCAUUUUUCUUUAUUGAAUCAAUAAUAGUUUGAUAAUAAUAAAACUGUUAUUCUCUCAUCAGUGACAUUACUCAUACUACUAAAAAUAAUGUUAAUGUUGCUUAUAGAAUACAAGUCUAAGUAGUAAGUACUAAUUACAGUUAUUAUUAUCCUAUCUAUGGAUGGCUAUAGAGUAAUCUAGUGACAAUAAAUAAAUAAGACUCAACAUCAUAAUUUUCAUAGUAAUUAUAUUUUUAGUAGGACAUAGUUAACAUAGACAUAGCGUAGACAAAAUAUUUAAUAUUUCUAAGGAAAAAAAAAAUUUUUUUAAAUAUAGACACACAACUUGAAUAAUAUUAAAUACAAAAUAGGAAUUGUGUUUUUGCAGACCUCGAUUUCCUUCCAUUGUUAUGAAGGAGCUAACAUGGGAUUCAUAAACAAGACAAAGAAGUCUGUAAAGCAGUCUACUCAGACAUGACAGCAGAACAUCCUCAUUACCUUUUAAUUAAAUACUUAUACGCUAUUAUUAAAAUAUUAAUAUUAGUCUUAUUUGGGAUUAUCUUAUUAUUUUAAAAAGUAAUUUCAUGCUUUCAAAUUUAUUUCUAAAAAAAAUGCUUCUAAUUACCUUUUAUAAAUAUUAGCAGUGAUAUAAAAUUUAAAUGAAGCAUAUUCAACUUAAAUUCAAUGAACAUUUUAUUUCUUUUCAUUUUGCCUCUUUAAUUAAUAAUUUUCCAAUUUUUUCUUUUCAGAAUUUUUUUAACUGCCUUCAAAUAAAAUUAUCAAAAAUAAAAGUCUUGAUGUUACAUAAACGUUUUGUUAUGAAUUGUGUGGUUUAUUGCUUUGAGAAUGUCUCAUAAAAAUUUGUAAGCAUUUAAAAUAAAAAAAAGUUGUGGGCAAAAUAAGACAGAAAUUUGGAAAGUCUGUCACAAAUUUUUACAAUCAAAUUCAAAGAUAAAUAAGGGGAUAUAAAAAAAAUCUGAAAAAACUAUAACUUCACUUCUAUAAAAAAUGGAAUCAUGAAAUUGGUGUUUCCAAAGCUUAUAACCAUAGUAAUGUGAAUGUAGCUUAUUUUAUUAUUGCCUAUCCUAUACACAAAUUUGUGAGACCUAAAAAAGUUGUAGAACUCCUGUGAAAAAGCAGCUUUGAUUGAGAGAUGUCGGUUAGUGCACAGUUAGGUAUUGAUAGGUUGACUCUGGAGUGAAUGGUUGUAGCUCUUUAUGUGCACUAAGGUGUUAUUGAUUGUUGUUAGUCCUUCGCAUGCGAAGAUGACCAAAGCUAUAUCCCACUGGGAGUAUGCCUGUGGCCUGCAGUAGCUUUGCCGCACAUGGGGCACACAUUGUUUUGGUUCCUAGUAGAUUUGAGUCGAUUCUGCUUUUCCUUGGUGUGAGCGGUCUGCUUGUUCUCUGAGAAAUCUGCUCCAAAAGUGAGCCUGCCACGCCAGUUUGUAUAAUACAGUUAGGUAGACUGUAGAUAACUUGGCUAGGCCUUAAAAAUACCCAAUGUCAUCGAUAGACAUCAUGUCAUCGACAUUAAAUUUAAAUAAAAUUCAAUAAGUUAAAUUUCUGAUGUCAAAAUCAAGCUUUGACCUGGCUUGACAAAUUUACAAUUUAAGAUCCAACAUAUCCUAAUUGAUGAGUUUACUCCUAAUACUAGUUGUACUAUACUUAAUUUAUUCAAUCAGUCAUAGUUUCAACACAAAUAAUUUCAAAAUUAGGCCUAGGCCUUAAAUUGAAAAUAUGCAGUCACUGUUGACCAAUUUGGAUAAAACAUUUACAGUGCCCUGUUGUCAGUGCUUACCUUUAGACCUUACUUACAUUCUUAAACCUAAGGCAAAGGUGAUACAAAACAUCUUUUCCUUUUUAAUUAAAAUAAAUUUUUUUGUAGAACUGCAAUGUUCACCAAUUAAAUUCCAACUUUAACUGACUUGAAAUAAUUUCAUGCAUAUUUUUUAAAAUUGUUUCAGCAAUCCGGCGUGUAAUUUUCUUCCCUUCACAAUGACAUUGCAAUGGACAUUUGUGGCCUCUGUGCUCUAUGUUGAGAUUUUCCUCGUCGCUUUUCUCAUGUUGCCCUUCAUAUCACCUAAAACGUAAGUCUGACAUGUUAAAAUCAUUUAUUGCAAUAACUACAGUAUCUAUUUUAAUACAAUUUGGUCAGUGAUGAAAGGUAAAAGGUCUUAGGAGUGCAAAUGCUGGUCCUGAGGUUGUCAAAAUACAGCUGUUUAUCUCUCCACAAUUUUAGAGAACAUUCGAUGGAAAGAUGCAGUGUAUCACAUUAAAAGUGCCCUUGUGAUUUAUUUAAGCAGCUAAGUGUUUGUUUGGUGAUUUUCACUAUUGGCUUACAUUCCUUUGUUCUUUCUAUGUUAUUGUAAGUUACCUGUAAAUGUUGUCUUUUGUCUCUGUGUUUUGAAUAUGCACAUCCGGAAGGCUCUGGCAUUUGCUUCUUCGUUGAUUUUAAAUGGCUUGCUGAGACCAUGGUUUAGUUAAAAUUAUUUUUGUAACUUUUAUAACUGUAGGUCAUAUGCUUAACAUAUUUAAAAUUAAUUUGUUGUUAAAGUUAAUUCAACUUUGUUCUUCUUUUUAUUUACAGAUGGCAAAAGUUGUUCCGCUCUCGACUUGCUUCAUCACUUUCAACAUAUUCAAAUAUCUAUUUCAACAUAUUUAUUGCUAUUUUGCUGUUAUUGUUUGCUGGUGAGUGGAUUAUAAAUGUUAACAUUUUAGCCGUUACUUAUAAAAAUGGAUUGAUGAUAAUUGUUUUACCCUGAAACUAUGUUGAUACGUUUAUACCAUUGCAAGUCAUUAGUUUGAUAAUUUGACCACAUUAAAUUGUCUUGAAUAGUCUUUUAAAAAAUUAAGAAUAGUGCAUCUAAUAACAAAAGAUAUUCAAAUUAUUACUUUUUGCUUUGAGAGUAGCAUUCCUUGAAGCAAUAUUUAACCUUAUGACCACUGAUGGUCAAUAUUAUAGGCGGGCGGGCUAUAAAAGUAACGGGAAGGGGGAAAAUUAUUCAAAUGUUAUAAUCUAAACUCAUUGAAAUGAAUUGAUCCUUCUACUCUUAACAUAACAAUGGGAUUUUUUCAUGAAUUAGGAACAAUUUUUAGGAGAAAACGUAGUGGGUUAUGUCCUUCACUUUAAAAUUAUAGGUCGUAAAAUACAGUUUGUAUUGUAAAUGCUUCCUUAACUUUAGUAGUUUCAUUUUUUUUCCAUGUGUUGUUUAGGCUUAUCUCAUCACAAAUCCUUUUUCAAACAUAACAGUUAAAAUCCAUUACCAAAUUUAUAAACAAUUUACACCAUUUAACUAUUUGUAAAACUAGGCUUUAAGUUAAACAUUUUAAUGGAAGUUUUCCAAUUUAUCAGAAUCAUUGCGUGAGAUGAUGAAGUAUUCUGACUCGCAUUCUCCAAAGGCUGGAAAGAGCUCUCCUGGAGCUGAAACUCUUCAGCAUAUGAAACUAUUCCGUGCACAGAGAAAUUUUUACAUUUCAGGCUUUGCACUUUUUUUAUGGUUGUGAGUAGCAUGUAGAUUUGCUGUAGUUGGGUUCAGCAUGUAGAGUAAUUUUUCUUCCCCUCCUCUCAGAAUCUGUGCGGGAGACAUGGAAAUAUUCUGAGCCGCUAGACUCUGAGGAGCUAAGGAAAUUCCCAGAGGCAGAGAAUCUUUACCAUAUGAAGCUAUUUCGUGCUCAAAGGAACAUGUACAUAGCUGGAUUUGCUUUGUUUCUUUGGUUGUAAGUUAUUAGAAUAAUUGAAUUAAGUACACUUUAAAGGGGAAAUGAAGACUAAUAGAAAAAUAGUCUUAUUGUUGAUAAAUACAAUGUAGAUUUCAACUUCAAUAUCUGAAAUAUAUUUUUAAUGACCAAAUUUGCAAUACCUUUUAGGAUUUUAAAAAAAAAAAUCAAAGCAAUUCUAUGUAUGUACAUUACAUUUAACUUGUUCCUCUAAUACUAAUACUACACUAAUAGCAAAACUGUUUAAAAAUAAUUGUUUAAUCAUACAAUAAGUAAAUUAAAUGUUCAAAAUAAUGCUUAGCCAUAGUGAUGCUUCUUAACUGUUAAUUAAAUUACUAAUAUUUAAGAAGGUUCUCCUUACUCAAAACAAAAUUUACCAAACCUUUACUUUCAUAGUUUUUUAUUUUAAGUAAAAUUUCUGGUAAAUAUUUGGUGUAGAAAUUAAUUCAUGAAUGUUUCAAGAGAAAAUUGUGCAAAUUGUUGAGAAACAUCACCAUGAAUAUAUGUUGAAUGUAAGCUUAGCUUGUCUAUCGUAUGCACUCCUUCUUUAGCAAACCUUUUUUUUUUUUAAUUAAAAAUUUCAUGGAAAUAAGUCAGGUGGUAGGCUUAUUGGUGGGUCUUUGAAGCUUUUUAUAAUUUUCUCUAGGUACAUUGAUUCUGUUUUAAAGAAAACAAUGAAGAGAAUAAGUAAUUAACGGAAGUCAAAAUGAAGCCGUUUUCAAAAUUUGAUCACACGUUUUGUCAUUUUGCAACUGUGUGCUUAGAAUGUAUCAAAGUACCUGUAUUGAUUAAAAUUGUUAUUUAUAGAUUCGCAGAGAUCCUGGUUGGGGGGGGGGAGCAAUUUUCAGUAUGGUUACCAUAUAUACCUAUAGACAUUUGAAGCAUGUAUCACUGCUAUACAUAAUACUGUAUUUAGAAUGUAUUAAAGUAAAUUUAUUGAUUAAAAUUGUUAUUUAUAGAUUCGCAGAGAUCCUGGUUGGGGGGGGGGGGAGCAAUUUUCAGUAUGGUUACCAUAUAUACCUAUAGACAUUUGAAGCAUGUAUCACUGCUAUACAUAAUACUGUAUUUUAUUAGGUUUUAAGUCUAUUUACUUUUUUUUUUUAAUUUAAAGUUUGGAUUUAAAAAAAUAUAUUAAAAUUUAAGAGUGUAUAAUUGUUUUACUGUUAUAGUUACAUAUAUAUAGGCUUAUGAAUUAACUAAUUUUUAUGGUAAACUAUUUCGACUGAUUUCUUUAAGUUAAUUGCUUCAUAUUUUGUUUUAAAAAAUACUUUUCUUAACCAGCAUCUUAUAUUAUAAAUAUUAUUUAUAUCACCAAAAAUUAAUUAGUUUUUCCCCUUUUAUACCUAGCAAGUUGCCAUUUCAUUCAAAUAAAAAUAUAUAAAUGUUUGAAUAAAUAGAAGUGUCCUUGUCUUAUGCCAGUACUAAGCUUGUAAAAGUUAAAAGUGUCAUCUUGUUUAUCAUGCAUUUCUAUAUAUUUUUUUUUUAAAUCAUGAAACUAAUUUAGUUUCUUACAUUAUAAUAUAUUUCACUCUGUUAUAGUUUUAGAUAAUAAAUAUUAAAUUAUCAGCUAUGCAUUUCUUGGAAAAAUAACUUAAUAUUAUAGCAAUAUUUAUCCGGUAGAAAUUUGAUGAAUAUAAGUAAAACCUUCAUGAUUUUCUAAAUGGUAAUGUAGUUAUUUUAUUUUUUUUACUUGAAGUGUCCUGAGACGCCUGGUUAUUCUGAUUGCCUCUGAAGCCACUCUCAUGGCACAAAGUGAAGCCAGCAUGAAACAAGCUGAAAGUGCUACCGCCGCCGCCAAACACUUCAUGGAAGAAAAGGGAAGUCUGGAUGACAACAAAAAGGUUGGGAUUUAUUUAGAGAACUGAAAUUGAAUGGAGUGGAAAACUUCACUCUUAGAUAAGCAAAAGACCCAUGUCCCAUUUUUUAAAAAUAUGUUUAUCUUUAGAAUUGACCUUGAUACUUUUUGGUUUGUCCCACUUUCUUCCUUUGGAGAUUCUUUACUUCUAGUGUGACAGUGCAAAGUAAAUAGGAGGAUAAGCAGUUAACAUGUUUACAAGUAUUUGUUUUCCUUCAAGUUCAUGUGAACUUCAAUCAUGUUUUCCUCCCUCACAGAAUACAGUUACAGAGGAGAAGGACCAGUCACAUGUGGAGAAAGAGCUUAAUCAAACACAAGCAGAACUGGAAAAAACCAAAGAAGAACUGUACAGGGCCAAAGUAGAUCUGUCCUCCAUUAAGAAGCAAGCUGAAAGCACCAGCCAGGAGUACGAUAGACUUUCUGAGGAGUAUUCAAGAGUUCAGGUUAGUGUUUUAUUAUAGUUUUAAAGUAGUCUUUGUAUGAGUUUUUACAGAGACAUUUCUGCCAUUAAAAUGAGGUCUAUUUAUUUAUGUGGCAUUAAAAAUUACCAUAUUUUAACAAACUUAGCGAUCGCCCCAAUGCAGCUGUUUUAACUCAUUCCUCCGUUUUGCAAUUGAUUUACAUUUGUAAAAUAUUUUUUAAACUGCUAAAUAUUUUAUUAAUUAAUAUUAAUUUAUUACAUUUAAAUGCAUCUAGAAAUGAAUAAGGUUUAAUAAAAAAUAUAACAUUAUCCCCUGACAAAAUAAUGAGCAAUGACCAAAAAAAUCGAUUUUAGCACCUCGGAGGAAAACAUGCUAAAUAUAGACAAACAGUACUAAAGCACACAUAGAGCAAAAGUGAAACAAGAUACUAAAAACUUCCUGUUUUUAAAUUAAAAUCACAUCCUCGCCGGAAGUCUUGAGAGACAUGAGAGUUUGUUUUUAUUUUUAAUACAAAUGUGAGAGAUGUGUCGCUAUGAGUCGGGAGGCAUUUAGACACAUCCGUUUGAACCCGGAAUGAAUCAUGAAUUUGAAACCACGGAGAAUGAGUUUAAAAAAAUAAAUUCAUGAUACAUAUUAUUAUUUUUUUUUUUUCACUAUUGUGUCAUUUCAGAAAAAGUUGUCAAUACUGGAAGGAUCAGAUUCAGAGGAUAAAAAAGGCAAAUAAAUGAAAUGUGGUGGUGAUAUCGUGAUGGAAAAUCUGCUGGGGUGGAGUUUUUGGCUCUAAAUCUGCAAAAGAGAAAUAAGUGGAUUUUGAUCUAUUUUUAUUUCUUCUUCUAUUGACCAUCUUUCAAUUACACUGUUUUUAUAGCAUUUAUCAAUUUUAAGACAUGCAUUCAUUAACCAUGUUUAUUUCUAUAACUCAUCAGUAACACAAUCUGGCUUAGUAGCAGUCUAGUGUGAUUCUCAAUUAAUUGUUGCUUUUGAUUCAUUAAUUACAAAAGUUGAACCAUUUCAUUCUGGCACACACCUGCUCAACACACUUCAUCUCACCUCCACCAACAUAAAUUUGAUCAGAUCAUUUCCUUACCUUUAGUAUUCUGCCUAAGGCUACUUUGAGAUAUUUGGCUCAAGGUAUCCGGGGAUAAAAUUUACUUUUAAAGAUGUAAGUAAGGAAGCUUUCAGGAUGUUUAUUUAAUGAGGCCCAGUCAUUUUAAGAUACAGAAAAGCUUUGUUACCCAUCUCCUAUCUGCCAGUUGGUACGAUAUAUCUACAUUUUAAUUUCUCAUUCCAAAUAAUUAUCUAUUUAAAAUCUAAAGAGAAUUUCUGUGAGAUCAAAGCAUUUAAAUGGAGAAGUAUUUUUUUUAAAAAUUGCAUUGACAGUUUUAUGUCAUUUUUAAUAAUAGAAAGAGUAUUCACAGAAUUCUUUAAAAAAUAAUGAAAACAUGUUUUAACAAUUGUCUUGUAAUCAUAAUAAGAAAGCCUGUAUAAUUAAUGGGACCUUUGUUUAGACAGAUUUCCAUUAAAAAAAAAAAAAAAGACUGCAUUGUAAAAUGUGUGCCUUCAUAAACUUCAUUUGUUUAUUUCUUUUUUAAUAAUAGAAAGAGUAUUCACAGAAUUCUUUAAAAAAUAAUGAAAACAUGUUUUAACAAUUGUUUUGUAAUCAUAAAAAGAAAGCCUGUAUAAUUAAUGGGACCUUUGUUUAGACAGAUUUCCAUUAAAAAAAAAAAAAAAGACUGCAUUGUAAAAUGUGUGCCUUCAUAAACUUCAUUUGUUUAUUUCUUGUCCAGUCUGUUGUGUAUGAUGCACAAAAGCCAUCAUACCCCUGUUACUGUGUUCGUUAUUAAAUGUUAUGCUGCAAAAAUAAAGUUUUAAGUGAAAUGUUCUUUAUUCAUUACAGUUGUGUGGGAUGUGCUUUUAACUUUUUCUUUUUUUUUAAAAAAAUAAAAUGCAACCUAAUUUUUUUUUUUAUAUUUGAAGAUAAAGAUUUUCAAAACUUGAGAAAUAGUUUUUGUUAGAUUUUUUUGUUUAAUUAUUUAUGUUGAGUUUUGUUCAUCUAGAUUCCAACCUCUGUUAGUUAUUAUUGGAAAAGGCAAUUGACAUUUGGCAUUGUAAUGAACUUCUUACUUUUAUAACAUUUAAUAUUGAAUUUCUAGUCUAGUUGUUGACUUAAUAAUGUCUUUCAAAACUUGUAAACCCAAUUAGUUUUAGCUAAAAAUUAUAUGUAUACCUAUUUUUUUUUUUUUCAUAAUAAAAUUUGUUUUAUUUGAUGGUAGCUUCUCUAGCUAUUCUGCUAAAUAACAAUUAUCUCUUAUUUUUAAUAUAUGUACUAUUUAUAUCAGCUGCUGUAUUGAUAGGUAUACACCAUGUUUGUCAGAACAGCUGCUGUACUGAUAGGUAUACACCAUGUUUGUCAGAAAAGCUGCUGUACUGAUAGGUAUACACCAUGUUUGUCAGAAAAGCUGCUGUACUGAUAGGUAUACACCAUGUUUGUUUUUGUCCAAGCUCAGUGACUGGUAAGGAUUAAAAGAAAUACAAAAAUUAUCCACUGGGAUCUGUUGGUUAAAAGAUAGUUGAAUUAACAAAGUGGUUGAUGUGUUAUGAACAGUAUACAGUGAGUAGAUUCAAAUUCAAUAGCCCGUUUGUUAUCACUGGAAGGAUAAAUCAGGCAUUCAUACUGGUAACUUUAGUAAGAAAACAUCAUAAUCAAUGCUUCUGUGAUUGUGCAAUGAGAUUUCUUAAAACUAUCAAUAUCAAGUUACAAGAUAUUGGCCCAAUUCGAAUGUCAUUCAGUUUGUUAUAUUAUACUUAAAUAUUGAACAUACCCUCUAUCAAUAGAUCAGGUUUACUAACAUCAAAAUUUGUAUCAUAAAUUCAGCUAUAAUUUCAAAGGUCCACUCAGCUUGGCAAGGUGUUGUAUAGUUAACAGAAUGUGAAUAAAGUUGUGCAAG